CCGCGGACCCCCCCGCGUCACACGUGCGGGGAAUGCGGCAAAACCUACGCCACCUCGUCCAACCUGAGCCGGCACAAGCAAACCCACCGCAGCCUGGACAGUAAAAUGGCGAAGAAAUGCCCGACGUGCGGGAAAGUCUACGUGUCCAUGCCGGCCAUGGCCAUGCACCUCCUGACGCACGACCUGAAGCACAAGUGCGACGUGUGCGGCAAAGCCUUCAGCCGGCCCUGGCUGCUGCAGGGCCACAUGCGCUCCCACACCGGCGAGAAGCCCUUCGGCUGCGCCCACUGCGGCAAAGCCUUCGCCGACCGCUCCAACCUGCGCGCUCACAUGCAGACCCACUCCGCCUACAAGCACUUCCAGUGCAAGCGCUGCAGCAAGACCUUCGCCCUCAAGUCCUAUCUCAAUAAGCACUAUGAGUCAGCUUGCUUCAAGGGGGGGGCGCCCCUCAGCCCUCUCCGGAAUUGA